GUAGAAGAUACAACAGUAGAAGAUACAACAGUAGAAGAUACAACAGUAGAAGAUACAACAGUAGAAGUUACAACAGUAGAAGAUACAACAGUAGAAGUUACAAGAGUAGAAGUUAAAAGAGUAGAUGUUUUUUUGAGGACCACAAGCUUAUCAAGAUGUAUAAGGGAAUCUAUGAAUACACAAAUGGAUUUGAAGACGAAGAACCUAAUGAAAUAAAGACCAUUGACAUUGAUGAUCCUAUUUACAACAACAAAAGACCCAUCAUGCCCUGCAAGAAGGAUCAACAUUCAGUGUAUCUUUGGAGGUGGAAGAGACAUUUCCCAACUGCUGCAGUGUGUCUGGGGCUGCUGUGUGUUCUCCUACUGGCUUGGAUCAUAGGCCUGUUACUCUACCAGAGAAACCAAUUGACCAGUUCCGACACCCUGACUAAAGAGAGAGACCAGCUACAGACCAGUUACAACACCCUGACCAAAGAGAGAGACCAGCUACAGACCAGUUUCAACAACCUGACCAAAGAGAGAGACCAGAUACAGACCAGUUUCAACACCCCGACCAAAGUGAGAGACCAGCUACAGACCAGCUACAACACCCCGACCAAAGUGAGAGACCAGCUACAGACCAGCUACAACACAGACCAGAUACAGACCAGCUACAACACCCUGACCAAAGAGAGAGACCAGCUACAGACCAACUACAACACCCUGACCAAAGAGAGAGACCAGCUACAGACCAGUAACAACACCCUUACUGCAGAAAGAGACCAGCUGCAGACCAGCUACAACACCCUGACCAAACAGAGAGACCAGCUACAGACCAGCUACAACUCCCUGACCAAAGAGAGAGACCAAUUACAGACCAGCUACAACACCCUGAGCAAAGAGAGAGACCAGCUCCAGACCAGUAACAACACCCUUACUGCAGAAAGAGACCAGCUGCAGACCGAUUAUAACACCCUGACCGAACAGAGAGACCAGCUAGAGACCAGCUGCAACACCCUGACUGCAGAAAGAGACCAGAUACAGACUAACAACAACAGCCUGACCAAAGAGAGAGACCAGCUGCAGACCAGUAACAACACCCUGACUGAAGAAAGAGACCAGCUACAAAAAGAGACAGAAUGUCUGAAACAAUCUUUAGUUCAGAAAGUGUGUCUGGACGGAUGGAAGAAGCUUGGUAGCAGUUGUUAUUACGUCUCUACUGAGUACAAAUCCUGGGAGGAGAGCAGACAGGACUGCAGAAAUAGAGGAGCAGACCUGGUGGUCAUCAAGAGCGAAGACGAUCAGACAUUUGUCAAUUGGUUAUGCGGGGUAAAGAACUACGUCUGGAUUGGUCUGACUGAUUCUGUUUCUGAGGGGACCUGGAAAUGGGUGGACGACACACCACUGACCACAAAGUAUUGGAACAGUAAAGAGCCUAAUGGUGGUGGAGCAGAGAACUGUGUGUAUUUCUACUCCUGGUCAUCAGACACAGGAGAAUGGUGGGACUAUGACUGUUCCUAUAAAUACAGAUGGAUCUGUGAGAAAUAGGAUUAUUCUGGGUUCUCUGUCUGAACUGGUAAAUUGGAUUAUGCUAAAUUGUCUCUCUGAACUGCUAAAUAAGAUUCUCCUUGGUAGUCUCUCUGUAAUGCUAAAUAAGAUUCUCCUUGGUAGUCUCUCUGUACUGCUAACUAGGAUUCUCCUUGGUCGUCUCUCUGAACUGCUAAAUAAGAUUCUCCUUGGUCGUCUCUCUGAACUGCUAACUGAGAUUCUCCUUGGUUGUCUCUCUGUACUGCUAACUAGGAUUCUCCUUGGUCGUCUCUCUGAACUGCUAACUAGGAUUCUCCUUGGUCGUCUCUCUGUACUGCUAACUAGGAUUCUCCUUGGUCGUCUCUCUGUACUGCUAAAUAUGAUUCUCCUUGGUCGUCUCUCUGAACUGCUAAAUAUGAUUCUCCUUGGUCGUCUCUCUGUACUGCUAACUAGGAUUCUCCUUG